CGACCAACCAACCCCCCCCCCCCCCCCCCCCCCCAAAAAAAAAAAAGAAAAAGAAAAAAAAACCAGCAAAUUUCCCUUCCCAUGCGACGCGACCUCCUCCUCGGCGACUAGCCGGCGAACUCGCGCACGCCACCUCGGCCCACCCAGGCCCAGGCCCACCUCGCCGUGGAUCGCCGGAGUAGGGGGUUGCCGGCCGGAGCGGCGGCUACCACCAGAUGGUCGGCGGCGGGGGCGAGUAGCGCGACGGCGGCGGCGAGGACGACGAGCGGCGGACGGAUCUGCGGCGCGGCGGGGCGGCGGGGGCGGGGGCCACCAUGUCUGCCGUAGUGUGUGGGAAGAGGUCCUCCUCCAUCUUCGGCGACGAGCUCAUCCCUUCCUCCCCUCCCUCCCCAUCCCCUCCCCACCACCACCACCACCCCGCCAAGCGCUCCCGCUGCUCCCCGGCCCGCGCCUUCGACGAGGCGACUCACCGCCGGGAGGCGCUCCUGCACCAUCUCCUCUCCCUCUUCCCCCACAUGGAUCCCCAGUUACUUGAAAGAGCUCUUGAGGCAUCUGGAGAUGAUAUAGAUUCUGCUAUAAAGAGUUUGAACGAGCUGUGCCUGGAAUCGGCUGCGGUAGGUGAUUCCAAUAGCGUCCUGCCAGCCGCUCUUAAGUUAUCGGCUGAAGGUGUUGUUAAUAAUGGACAUUUGGAUGUGCUCACUGAAAACCCACAUGCUACAGAAAACUUUCAGACAAAUCAUCAUGGUUCUGAGUGGGUUGAGCUAUUUGUUAGAGAGAUGAUGAGUGCAUCAGACAUAGAUGAUGCGCGGGCUCGUGCCUCAAGAGCCCUGGAGGCAUUGGAGAAAUCCAUAAUGGAGCGAGCAGGAACUGAAGCAGUGCAUAAUUUGCACAAGGAAAAUGUGAUGCUGAAGGAGCAACUGGCAAUAUAUCUGAGAGAGAACGCUGUUCUGAAGAGGGCGGUUGCUAUCCAACAUGAACGUCAAAAAGAGUUUGACGAGAGGACUCAGGAGGUUCAUAGCCUGAAACAACUGGUUUUGCAGUAUCAGGAACAGAUAAAAACUCUUGAGAUAAAUAAUUAUGCACUUAGAGUGCAUCUGAAGCAAGCUCAGCAGAACAAUUCUAUGCCUGGGCGUUUCCCUCCUGAUGUCUUUUAACAGAUCUUGAGGGCAAUAUUCCCUCUCAUAGUCUUAUACUCAAUCAUACCAAGAUAUCAUAUGAUGCAAGGGGUUGACCUAUUGCUCAUGGUGUGGUUAGACACUUAGACUAUUCACCCUUACGUCCAAAUCAUAAACAAGCAACGAUCCUCAAAAUGGAGAAAGGCAAGCAACGGUGAAGCAUCAAUUGAGGUGUAGAUUAAUGUGUGCACCAGGAAGCUUGAGUGCUUGACCCUUCUCUCAGACCAUUGAUUGUAUGUAAAGUAUGGUGAGAUGUAUUGUAGCAUGUAAUUCAAAGUAUGAAAGGACCUGUUCACUGUAUUGUAGUAGCAUGUAAUACAAUUUAUACAAAGCAUGAGAGGAUCUGUUCAUUGUAUCGUACGUAUCCACUGAUAUAUUUAUUCCGAUAAAAGAAUGCUUAUCAGAUGAAA